UGGCCUAGGCAUUGUAAAAAUGGUAUCGACGAAUGGAAAUUGCAUCAAUAUUUAUCCAAACUCUAAUUGUACCGGAUGGUUCAUUCGGUUCACUUAUCGUGAGUCCUAUGCUCGCUUGCCCCGAACUUAUCGCUGGGUUGGGGACGAAGUUAUGCCUCGUGGGCUGGAAAUUGGCUCUGUUGGACCUUGUUUUGAUAAAUGUGACGCAAGAAAUUGGUACGGUGACCGAAAACAGGAACCAGUCCAUGUCACGUUGUAUGACGAAUGGGAUUUCACAGGUAACUCCACGAGUAUCAGUAUCGACGGAGACGGCUGUUUCUUAAUCCCACCCUGGUCCGAAACAUGGAUUCACUCCAUGAAAAUAACCGGCGAUGAAAACUCGUGCAUCGAACUUCACGAUGUGGCCAGUUGUGGUGGAAAAUUCACCCAGUUUCGCCCUGAUUAUCCCGUGUUGCGGAAUUUGUUUGGAUGGGGAUUAGGGGACCAGUAUACGUUUGCGUCGUUUGUAAAGGCAAUAUCGCGGUGUGGACAAUUCUGCAAUAAAUCUGUGCCCGAAAUCAACCCUGAAAGUGUAGUGCCGAGUAUGGUGGGGAAAAGCAUAGUGACGCUUUACGAAUACCAGGGCCAUUAUGGCCAUUCCAUCAAUCUUAAUCUUACCAAUGGCUGCGUCUCUUUGGCCAACGAUACCAAGUAUGCAUUCGUCCAAACGUACGGACAAUGCGUUAUCUUGUACGGACUGGCGAAUUGUGAAGAAAAGCAGGGCUUUUACACCCUUCAAACGGGAGGGAAACCAGUAGAAUAUUUUAUUCAGAAACUUCUCUACCUUACGAUUCCAGUUCCCCCGAAAUCCAUCAAGUCGUGUGACAAUUACGACCUAGUGGAAUUAGUGGACGACCAAGUGCCACGAGUGGACGAGGAACAAUGUGGACUGGAGAAUACAUCAUCACUCGUCUCGAUACCGAUUUGGGGAGUGAUUCUGUUCUGUGUGGGGGCCAUGUUUGUCCUCGCCUUUACUGCGGUGGGGGGAGCAUGUGUUCAUAAAAGGUGUGCACAUAUUGACGAUAAAAGACCAGUGGAACGAUUAAGUGUCGCGUAUAAAUCGGAUGCGUGA